CAGCAGCAUGAGGGUGACAAACGGACAGAAACCCAGAAGAGGAACCAUCGUGGAACGCGAAGCAGGGAAGAACCAGACCAGGGUCAGGUCAGACGGGGUUCAGAACCAGGAAACGGGUCAGACCAGGAUGGGAACUGACUCCAGACCAGUACAAGAGCUGAGGAGUCUGAGCCAGGACCAGGACCAGGACCACAGGGGAGUGUCACCUCCAGCCAUCCUUUCUUCCCAGUCCUCACCUCGUCUCCACCUCCUUCUCUUCUUCCUCCUCCUGUUGGCCUCCUCUGGUCUCUCCUAUGAGAUCGGGGACUUCAGACAGUGUAGGGUAGCUCCCUUUGUACCAGGCUACAACCUGGUGGGGGAGAGUUUGGAUAUGGUCACCUUCGAGCGUAAAGGAGUCCACCCGGUCGACAUUUUUACGGCCAUGUCUCCAUUUAGAACAUGUUUUCUCUACCGGAACCCCCACCAAGGCAACCAGCUGCAGAAGGUUCCAUUCUCUGCUCAUCUUUGGAAACUAGAGACUGACUGCAAAACUAAAGUUAGCGGUGAAGUGCAUUCCUCUGUAAGUUCACUGAUAAAAACGGUGAAAUCAAAGGACAUCUAUGACUGGAAGGUUGGACUACAUUGGAAGAUGUUUGGACUGAAUGUUGGAGGAGAACAUUAUGACUCGUAUGAUUAUGCAAAAUCCAGAAAUAGAGAGGACCAGUACACCUUCAGCUCACAUUGGCACCGUUGUUCUUUUUACAGGCACACUGUGCGCGCCAAGCCACUUCUCGACAAGGAUUUUGAGGAGGAUAUGAAAAAUCUGCCAAGAUACUAUAACUCUGCAACCAAAGACAAAUACAGAAAGUUCAUACGUACCUACGGCACUCAUUACAUCUAUCAGGUUACUCUUGGAGGACAAGUCAAACGAGUUGCAGCGACACGUACGUGUUUAUCCAAACUGAAUAGUGUCUCCGCUAGCGAAUCACGGUGGUGUUUAUCCCUGGAUCUGGAAGUGGGUCUGGGGAUGGCCAGACUAAACCCUUCAUGCUCCAAUUUCCUAAAGAACAGGGGCAUUAGGGGCUACUAUUAUGCUGGUCUGUAUGAACAGGACACAGAGGUGACGGGAGGCAAUGGUUGGAGCGGUUGGGUUUCUAACGAGUACCCCGACUCUGAGGGCUACCGUCAGUGGAAGGAAUCCCUGAAGGGCAUCCCUGUGAUUGUUAAAUUCUUCGUAAAACCACUGCAUGAUCUAGUGAAUGAUGAGGCAAGAAGUGGACUGGUAGAUGCCAUAAAUGAGUACACAAGGGACACUGACAUCACCGUUUCAGUCUUACAACGGUCCUGUAGGCGACCUACCCAUCAUAGUAACUGCUGCCCCAAACGGUUGGGGAAGGGCUGGCUGACAGUGACCAUCGUUCGAGCCUGGGGUCUGACAGGAGAUCCAUGGGGCAUCACUGAUGGGUAUAUUGAGCUAUCACAUGGUCAACAAUUCCGCAGGACCCGAAUGAUUGAGUCAAACAACCCUCGGUGGGACGUGGAGUACAAUCUGGGCUCGGUGGACAUUGGACAGAAACUGAAGCUUGAGCUCAAAGAUGACGAUUCGAUAUGGCAGGAGCUGCUGUUGUCGUGUUCAUGGGAUGUGACGGUAGGGUCAUACACUUUGACCUGCAGGGGCUUCAGAGGCACCUUUGAGGCUAAAUAUGAACUCCUCUGUGGCCCCCACCUCACGGGGGACGACUGUGACAUAUAUGAACCAUACUGAGAAAUGAGCAUUUAUUCAGUUACAUGAAAUGUCACUUUAAUAGUUUGAGGACAUUUCAGAACCUGGACGUCAUCACUUUUAUUACAGUAUAGAAGCAGUACUUUACCUUUUAUCACAGUAUCUGUUUUAAUACUGGAGGAAACUCUGUAUGUAUGUC